UGCAGCAAUCAUUGGCAGCAUUCGGGAUUGUUUCUACUUACUGUGUGAUAUCUUGCAAGCUGGACUGACUCAUACGUUUCAGCUUCCCACGGUCGCAGUGUUAAUAUCCGACAGGUUGCCGUAACUCAUAGCCUAGAACGCUCAGUCCACCAUGAUUCGGAUAUGCGCUGCAAUCUUGCGCUCUCGGGGUUUUGCGGCUGAUGCCUCGCGUGUGGCCAUGCCGACGAGCCUACUGAAGGCAUCGAGCCUCCAUACAACCACGUGCAGCUCACAUGAAUCUAGUUCCUCUUCGGAUGGGCAAGAGACGAUUUCCAUCACAUACAUAGACAAGGAGGGCAAGGAGCACACGGUAGCUGCCCCUAUCGGCAAGAACUUGCUUGAGGUGGCGCAUGAAAACGAGAUUGACCUGGAAGGCGCCUGUGAGGGGUCGCUGGCUUGCUCCACAUGCCACUUGAUCUUCGAGGACGAGUCUUACUACAAGAAGGUCCCCGAGGCCAGCGAGGACGAGCUGGACAUGCUAGACCUGGCGUUCGGGCUCACGGACACCUCCCGCCUGGGCUGCCAGGUGCUAGCCUCCAAGGAGCUGGACGGCGCGCGCGUGCGCAUCCCCGCCGCCUCACGCAACUUCUACGUCGACGGACACAAGCCCAAGCCGCACUAGCGCACCGCACACCGCACCGCAAGAGCACAUGCGAGUUGUACCAACUGAGCCGCGGACUCUUGAGGGACGGGUGGAGAUGACCGUGAACGCCGAAAGGUGUAGGGGACAGCUCCUUGUGCGGGCAGCUGCGGGGAUCGUGACGUAGACCUUCCCUGCGCCGGGUGCUUGGUGCCGCAGCUAUGUGCCAGUGUGUUACGUACAUGUCACCUACGGUAGCUAGGGGAAAAUGUGGGGUGAGGUCGUGGUUCUGCGCUGGCGGCCAAGGGUCCUGCCUUACAGAGUACACAGGGAGGCGGGAUCCGCUGGCAGCUGCUUCUUUGCGCGGCCCGACUGCGGCUUUGGCGGUUGCGCAGCUGCAGGAAUGCGGGGAUGCCCAAAUCGGGUUGCACUCUUUGGCGCCUUUUUUGUUUGGGAUGGGCGACUGAGAGUGCGUUUCCUGUUGGAAGGGCAGGCAUGACACCUUAUAUGGUCCAAACUGGGUGCUCAUGGGUGCUUAGUGGUUGCCUGAGGGAGGCUCCAGGGGCGGUGUGAUGUGUGCGCAUGGCCUUUAUGUUACGAAGCUGUGAGGGCCACACACACACGACAUUUGACCGGCUUUGCCAGAUGACCGACCGCAUGCGCGCCCGACAAGGCGUUGUGAUGUAGCCUGCCCGUGCACGGUUGUGCUUUAGCAGCCUUUAGCCUGUCUGAUUAUGAAUGACCGUUACAAUGGUUCCCCAAAAAGGGACACGGGUGAUCAACUCCACCACCAUUCGCCGGCUGUCAUCCAGGCGGAACGAGGUCCAAUCCGCCGCAGGCCUUGCCGCCACCCAUUCCAUCCAGCCCAUUUAAAC